AUGUGGCAAGUUAUUGCAAUUGUGGUAUUUAUCACUUUCGCUUCCUCUUUACCUAAUAGGAAAAGAGAUGAUAACUUAAGAGUAUCUAGAAAACGGAAGCAAUCACUUUUGAUCAAAAGACAGAACAAUUGUCCAACCGGAUAUUCUCCAUGUAAAGGGGGCUGUUGCGACGAUAUUUGUGGUCCUAAACCUGAAUUAUGCGAAGACGAUACUUGCUGUCGUGCCGGCGAAAUUUGCACCGAUGACGGAGGAUGCGAAUGA